UUUGCGCUGCAAUUAGUAUCAUGACUCGGUUUGCUCAAGAUGUGUCCAAGUAUUGGAUGGAUUUACCGAGGUAUGGCAAAGAGUAUAUUAAUGGUGUUCAAUGUUUCUUGGACUUUGCUUACACUGUUGGAGAUCCUCAAGGCGAAGAAAUCCAAUGUCCUUGUGCAAAGUGUUGUAAUAUCCGUUGGUAUAGAAGGAAUGUAAUAUAUGAUCAUCUAAUAUGCUACGGAUUUGUUAAAGGUUAUACAAGAUGGAUUAAUCACGGGGAAUGGGCUAUUGUGAUGAAGGUUGAUAGUGACAAAGAUGAUGAAGUUAACUCAAAUGUCAGCAUUGAUGGUAAAUCAGUGACAGCAAGUUAUCUAAAAAUAGAUGAAGAAAUCAGCAAAUUCAAACAGCAAUAUGCUGACGAUGUUGCUUCUAUAAGAAGUGACAUACAAAGAUUAAAGGAAGAAGUACGAGAAUUACGUCAUUUUAUGAGUGUAUUGGUGCAAAACAACCCUGUAUUGGACGUUCAGGACGUGGCUGAGUAUUCUGGAUCUAACCUACUUUCUCGGGCUGAUGCAAAUAGUGCAGGGGACAUGAGAGGCCAAAAUCUUUCAUGUUCCUCUGAAUCAACUCAUUAGCCAUGAAGAGAUUAACUAGUGUAGCUACAAAGCGGCUGGAUAGAAGUGUCUGAAGUGUUCUCAAUACCUUUGAAUUGAUAGAAUUUGGAAGACUAGUCUGGGUGCACGUCAUUGGUGACAGAAUAAUUCCAUGAAGGACCAAGAAACUCAUGAUGUGAGUUUUCAGAAUGCUAGGACUGCUAACUUGAAAUGCAUAAGAGGAAAGAGUUAUGAUGGGUCACCUAUCGUUGUUAGCAUAGCUGAGGGUAAACUGACUUUUGUGUUCUUAUGUGCACACCUCUGUUUUUGAGACAAUAGAGCAAGUAGGACAAAUCCCAAUAACUUCUUGCGGUGGGAGAUGGAUAACUUCCAGAUAUGUUGCUUAUGUAUGCACCUCUGUUUA